GUCCCGGAAGUUCUCGCGUCUCUCCUAGCCCGCUGCGGGCAUCUCUGGCCGGUGAUUUGCCCGGGCGCCUCCGUGCGCUCGGCCAACGGCCUCUGACAGCGCCCACCCGAGCGCCUCGGGAGCCGGCGAGCGGCGGUCCUCGGCCAGGGACUUUCAGUGGGCCCAGGGGGACAAAAGUGGCUCUAAAUCCAGCACAUGCAUGUUGAAGCAAGUUAAAGGAUUUAAUAUGAAGCACAGGAACCGAUAAUGCCAUAAAGCAAGCAGUAGUUGGUACACAUUUCUGGAAAAGCAGUUUCCGUGUUGUUAUGUACACCUCCAAAAAAAUUCAGAUCUGUAGGGGAAUUGUUGUGUAAAGUAAACUGAACUACAGGGAGGCAGUAUUUUAAUAGCUAUUAUAAACGUGUAUUUACUGUAUUAAAAAUGAGUAAAAGAACAAGCAAUGACACAUCACUAGGAAGAGUGAGUGGGGCAGCAUUUCCUUCUCCCAGUGCUGCUGAGAUGGCGGAAAUUAGUCGAAUUCAAUAUGAAAUGGAAUACACCGAAGGUAUUAGUCAGCGAAUGAGGGUCCCGGAAAAAUUAAAGGUAGCACCACCAAAUGCUGACCUGGAACAAGGAUUCCAAGAAGGAGUUUCAAAUGCUAGUGUGAUUAUGCAGGUUCCAGAGAGGAUUGUUGUAGCAGGAAAUAACGAAGACAUUCCAUUUUCAAGACCAGCAGAUCUUGACCUUAUACAGUCAACUCCCUUCAAACCUCUGGCAUUAAAAACACCACCUCGUGUACUUACGCUAAGUGAAAGACCACUAGAUUUUCUGGAUUUAGAAAAACCUCCUCCAACCCCUCAAAAUGAAGAAAUCCGUGCAGUUGGCAGGCUAAAAAGAGAGCGCUCUAUGAGUGAAAAUGCUGUUCGCCAAAACGGACAGCUGGUCAGGACUGACUCCAUGUGGCACAGAUCAGAUUCUGCCCCAAGAAAUAAAAUUUCAAGGUUCCAGGCACCGAUUUCUGCACCGGAGUACACUGUGACACCAUCGCCACAACAGGUUCGGGUUUGUCCUCCCCGUAUGCUACCUGAAGAUGGAGCUAAUCUUUCCUCUGCUCGUGGCAUUUUGUCGCUUAUCCAGUCUUCCACUCGUAGGGCUUACCAGCAGAUCUUGGAUGUGCUGGAUGAAAAUCGCAGUGUGAGAAGACAAAAUGAAAUACGUUGUGAAAGACCUGUGUUGCGUGGUGGAUCUGCUGCCGCCACCUCUAACCCUCAUCAUGACAACGCCAGGUAUGGCAUUUCAAAUAUAGAUACAACGAUUGAAGGAACCUCAGAUGACAUGACUGUUGUAGAUGCAGCUUCAUUAAGACGACAGAUAAUCAAACUAAAUAGACGUCUACAGCUUCUGGAAGAGGAGAACAAAGAACGUGCUAAAAGAGAAAUGGUCAUGUAUUCAAUUACUGUAGCCUUCUGGCUGCUUAACAGCUGGCUCUGGUUUCGCCGCUAGGGGUAACCUCAACUCAAAAAUACUGUCUCAACAGCUGGAAAUAUAAAGAAUUUGCAAACUUCUUUAUUUCUGUCUUUGCAUUGUAUGCCGUUUUACAGUCCCCACCCUGAAAAUGUAUUUCUCCCAGAAAGGAUGGGGUAAAGACUUAUAUUUGCAGGAGUAAAGGUAUAUCCUGUCACUCGACUGUAUUUAGUUUUAACCAGUUCUGCCCUAACACCUACUUAAAAUUCUCCCUUUGCAUGUUUUGUAAAUAGGAUCUAGUUUGUUUGUUGUUUUGUUUUGUUUUGUUUUUGCCUCAUCAAUCUGCACAGCUAAUUCUAUGAAUGGGAGGGAAAAAAGUGUACAGAAAAUGGAUUUAGAGAAGUAUCUGUAAAGGAAAAAUAAUACUUUAUAUUGUCCUGUUUCUCAAACACUGUUAGAUUAAACAGUUUAGUUAAUAGACAUUUUUGCAUCCACAUUUCAACAUUAACACUACUGAAGUCAUGGUCUGGUGUCAGAUUUAAUAAACUCAAGUCACCUCAUGUUUCAGGAUCACCUUCGAUAAAAUAAUUCCUAACAUUUUCAGCAGUUUAAGAUGUGGGCAAAAUGUGCAUUUUUAUUUUUAUUUUAGUUUUGCAGAUGGUUUUCUAUAAAGUACAUUUUUACUAAGUCCAUGUGUGAAUGAUUUAAAAAGCUAUAGAAUAAGGUACAAAUGUAGUGUAUUUAAUAAACUGUCAACCAAAGCUAUAUUUGUGUAUCAAAAGAUUUUAUUUCAUCAUAUUGUGCUGUGAGGUAUAUUCCAUAUCCUGUUUCUUUAUAUGCACCUAAGUUUUCCCGGCUCUGGAGCAAGUAAAGCAAUUAAUGACUUGGCAGGUAGCAAGAACCCACUUGCUUCCUUUCAGAUCUUCGUCCUGGUAGUGGUAGGCACUGGUUUUGUUACAGCUGUUUUUCUAAUUUGUAGUGUCUAUAAAGUGGUUCAGAUAAAAAUACCUUCAGUUGUGUUGCUUUUUCCAUUGUAUUUAGCUGAUAUACUAAAUCUGAUGAGAUUAAAUGCAUCAGUGAAACCAAGUGCUGGGAGCCUUUAGUUCCCAAACUUUUUUUUCCCUUUUUUUGUUUCAGAAGUGGAUAGAAUUUUACUUAGGUGCAGUAUUCUCCAUACACCUUCAGUAUCUUUCUACCAAGGCAGUGAGUUUUGAGAAAGGCAAUUAGGGGAAAUUCCUUAGAUGUAGGUAUAUUGAACUGUUCUAUUCUUGCUUCUCUCCUGUCCUUCCAAAAAAAAAAGUACUUGGAGGAAGGAUUCUUUUUUUUAAUUUCUAGGGUUUAUCAUGAGUUUGGUGACAAUUUUUUUUACCCAUGAAAGUCUUCUGACUUAUAAUAUCCUAAUGAUGUCAUUAAUUAUAUUAAUUCUAUCUUUAUAUGUAUAUCUCAAGGUAAUUUCUGUGAAUAAUUGAAACUACAAAAAUGAUUUAAAAAACAAUGGAUAAGGGCUUCCCUGGUGGCGCAGUGGUUGAGAAUCUGCCUGCCAAUGCAGGGGACACGGGUACAAGCCCUGGCCCGGGAAGGUCCCACAUGCCGCGGAGCAACUAAGCCCGUGUGCCACAACUACUGAGCCUGCUGUCUAGAGCCCGUGAGCCACAACUACUGAAACCCGCCCGCCUAGAGCCUGUGCUCCACAACAAGAGAAGACACCUCAAUGAGAAGCAUGCGCACUGCAACGAGGAGAAGCCCCCGCUCGCCGCAACUAGAAGAAAGCCCGCGCGCAGCAACAAAGACCCAAUGCAGCCAAAAAUAAAUUAAUUAAAUUAAAUUAAAAAAAAAAAACAGUGGAUAAAGUUAACACCUCUUUUGUUGGGCAGGCAUGAAAAGGAUUGAUUCCAUAAAAGUCAAAAAGGAACAUGAGCAGGAAUUCCAGGAGAUAAGCACAAAAGCUAUUUUUCUCCCUAUUGACUUUUACCAAACACUGGAGUCCUAGAACUUUCUCUCUUAAUGGCUGUACGGGGGUAGGAGAUAUAAUUCCAUGUCUUCUUAGGCAGGCACUAGCUGUAACAGGAGACUCCUGCAUGAAGCUCGAACCCCAAAAAACUACACCCUCAGUGAAAGGGUAAAUGAGAAAUCAACUUACCAUCCAAAAGGGGACAACAAAGAAACAUGUCUUCACCUUGUCACAGAUCUAAAAACAAAAGAGCUUGAGUCUCUCUAACUCCAAAACCAAGCCCAGCUAUGCCAGCCUCCCUCCCCUAGAAGUCAUUUUGCAUCGUUGUAAGGAAGUGGUUUGGGAGUUGAGAGGAACAGAUUCACUCCUGGUCAGGAUGGUCAAGAAAUACUUCUUAGAUGUUUGAGCUGAACCUUGAAAUAAAUAAAUACAUGAUUUCAACAAGCAGAGAAUGAAGAAAAAGAUUCCAGAUGCAGGGAACAGUGGAAGAAAAGGAUACAGUCAGGGCCAGUAACAGAGUAAUCAACCUACCAUACUCACUAGUGCCAUACAACUAAGUAGCAGGUACAAGUGUAGCAAGUACAUUGUGCCACUGCUUUCGGAACUCUAUUUAAAGGUUGGGUGUUUUUCACUUCUAGGAAUACUUGUUGAAGCAUUUGCUGGUUAUUGACACUUUGAGGGAUAAUUUUAUGAAAAUAUAUUUGCAAGAGAGCUUUCCUUCUUUUCCUGCAUGAAUGUCUGUUAUCCAGCUUCUUGAUCAUAUUUGACACUGAAAUUGAACUUUUUCUGGCCUCAAGUUUGGAAAAAUGUAACUGCCAUAACUUGUUCUUUUACUUACAAUGUAUUAUCGUGUCAGUAAGUAGAGACUCGUGUGUGCACAACACUGACCUCAGUAGUAAGCGGUUAUAGCAGAUGCACCACAAGCCCUGCUCUUAAGGAACUGACAGAUUAAUGGAGGAGGAGGGAAAUAAGGCGUAUUAAAGAAUUAGAGGAUUAUAAAAAUAAUUUUAUGAAGGAGGAGGAAUUUGAGAUAUAUGCCCAAGAACAGGGAGAGAGUGUUUCAGAUGGUGGAUGCAGUAAAAAAAUAAAAGUAUAAAGAUUCCAAAGUGAGAUUGAACAUGGGAACGGAAGUGAGAAAUAAAAAACAAUGAGCUUUGUAAAUGACUAGGUGCAUGUUGUAUGUGUGUGUGGGGGUGGGGGGGUGUAUAGACAUGCAUUUGUAAGUUUAGGUACCAGGGUAGAGAUGGCAUGUCCCCAGAAGCCACCUCACCACAAGUGGCCCGUAGGCUUUAGGCAUUUAAUCCAAGGCUGCAGUUUCCACAAGACCAAAAUUGCAAACAACUAACUUGCCAGCUGUUUCAGCUGAUUGUGCUAUUGCCAGCCAUCCUUUCUUUUGCCCUUUGAAAUGAGAGGCUCACGUCUCUGUUCAUGACCCUGUAGAAAACUGGGGUCAUCUCUCACCCAUUUCCAGGCUAAUGAAGACUAUAUGCACUGUCAUUGACUUGUUCAGUCAAAUACAGUGAGCUGUCGUGUUUAUUUUACUUGUGUUUUAAUUUUUUGACUCUUGGCAGUUAGACAUUCAUGUAAUAAGUGUUGAGUCUUGGCUAAAAGCUGAGUACUAAAGAUAGGAUUAAUUCAUUCAACAAAAUAUUCGUAGUGGCCCUACUUUGUAUCAGGCACGGUACUUGGUACUGACUAUACCGGGAGUGAAUAAAAGAAACAUAUCCCUGUACCCAUGCAGCUUAUGGUCUUAUGGGGGAGAGUGAAAUUUAAGAAACAAGUACACUUUAAAAUGCUAUUGCCAUUGUGAUAAGUACUGUAAAUCAGCAGUCCCCAGCCUUUUUGCCACCAGGGACUGGGUUCGUGGAAGACAUUUUUUCCACGGGGUAGUGGGGGAUGGUUCAGGCGGUAACGAGAGCGAUGGGGGCGGCAGGUUCUGAAGCUCUGCUCGCUCACCCGCCGCUCACCACCUUCUGUGCGGCCCGCGUCCUAACAGGCCGUGGACCGCUGCUGGUCCACAGCCCGGGGGUUGGGGACCCCUGCUGUAAAUGAACGCUAAAGGAGAGAGUAAAGGGAAGCCUGCCUUCCAUUAGGCUGUUAGGGAAGGCCUCUCAGGAAAAGUGAUGACUUGUGCGGAAGUCUGAAAGAUGAAGAGGAUUUAGCUGGAGAUCAGACAGGUGGGAGUGGGAGGUGGGAGCUGGGCAGAGAAGAGGCCUUGCUGAGGGCCUGAAGAAGGGAAGAGCUAAUGAAUAAGUGGAUGAGAAGGACAUGGUCCCUGUUCCCUUAAAUUGUCUUAAAGUGAUAGAUUUAUAAACAAAAAUAUGUUACAUUGUGACAGGUAUGAUAAUCGUGGUUUGGGUAAGUGCUAACUUGUUUUGUUGAAAGCAUGCACUCUGGGAAGGCUUUCUCAAGUAGUAGAUUUUUAAGCUAGACCUUAAGGAUAAAUAGGUAUUUAUAGGAGCAUAGGAAGAAGGUCUUUAUACAGUAAAUGGGUUCAGAAAAAAAUGCCUGUAAGUUCUUGAUGUUACUGAUUGGGGGGAGGGGGACAGCUAUAAUAUAUGUAUUGUAAAUUAUUUCUAAAAUCUUAAGCCCAGUGAAUAUAAAUAAUUGAAAUAAAAAGCAGGAAUGAUCAUAUUCAGAAAAUUGUA